ACAGAAGACAACUACGACCAUGCUGUUCGCCUUUUAUGCGCUAAAUACGGCGAUGACACUAAGUUCAUCGCUUGUCUACAGUCUCGCUUGGAAAACGCGGAAGCAGAAAAAUUAACGAUCCCAGCACAGCGGCGCCUCCUAGAAUUUCUCAUCCCAAUAGUGACACAGCUGAUGGAGAAGGGUGUACCUCUAGAUGGAUCGUUUCUCGUACAAAAAAUACUUUCAAAGUUCUCGGUAGAUCUCCAGAGGAAAGUUCUCCGUCUGAGAAAGAAUCCAUGCCUAGGUGAAAGCGCUUGGUCUAUGCAAGACACCUUAGCCAAUGUCGACGAAAUCAUAUCAAUGGAAGAAAAAAAUAAG